AUGUUUACCGAGUAACCAUAUUACGAGGCUAAAGUGUUCCUUAAAUCAUACAAUGAUGCCAUCUCCUGUUUGAGAGAAGCUGCAGAAUACAGAGCCCAUGUUGAAUUCUAGGAACAUGCUCUUUAAUCCCUGGCCACAGCUCGUACAAGAUAAGAACUUGAUGUGAGAGAUGGUCAAGUAGUGCCUGGACUCAAUUUCGCCUAAUCUAAAUAGACAAAGCUCUUCCAAUUCUCUAAUCAUGUGUUUUCCAAAUACUUAAAGGGAUUUGAAGAAUACACAGGAAGUUUCAAGGGCUUCCAAUCGAUUCUGAACGAAGGUCUUAAGAAGAUGAAGUCAGAUGUCAAAUGAGAUAUGAUCAAUGAGAUUAUAUUAUUAUAUCAACAAAGAUAGUAUUAGUAUUUAAAGUCA